UGACUGUCAUUGUUGGUACUACUAGCGUUAGCAUUUCAUCAAAAAGUAUGUUUUGUCGUACGUUUUGUUUUUCGUAAGGACGCCGAGUAGCAACGAAAGAAAAUAGACGGAAGAGAAUUUUAAACGACCUUAUUGCAAUAUAUUCGAAUUGCACUGUUUGAUCUCCUAAUUAAAUCGUUCUUCAAUUUGUUUGGGAUAUUCGCGAGCACGCGAGGUGUUAAUUGUAAUUCGAAUUUAAAAUAUAAGCGUCGAUUGGUCGAUUGAAAGUGAACGUUUGUUGCAAAGAUGCACAAAAAUCGGGAGAAUUUCCAAAUGGAUUAUUCUUCUUUCCGGACGGAAGUCUCUAAACGGAGGAGGUCCGCUGCCACCAGGGAAUUAACGAAAAUAGCGUAUUCCGCGCCGAGUAGCGUGGUUUCCUUGGCAGAGGGAAUGCCGAACGAAGAAACGUUCCCUUUCACAGAAAUUUCCAUCAAACUUAACGAUGGAUCGUCGUUCGUUCUCAACGAAAGGGAACUUGCCGCUGCUUUGCAAUAUAUCCCUACACAAGGCUACCCACCGUUACUUCAGAGCCUGAGGGAGUUCCAGAGAAGGAUGCACGCACCUCCCUUGUGGGAAAGCCGCGACAUUGUGAUCGUCUCCGGAGCUCAGGACGGAUUAAGCAAAACUCUCGAGGCUAUAAUCGGCCCUGGUGAUCCUCUUCUGGUGCACGAUCCGUUUUAUCCUGGUGUGGAAAGUGUGGUCGCCCCCCACAAGGCGGAGCUGAUCGCCAUUCCCCAGGACGAGCAAGGCGUCGAUCCGGAAAUUCUCAGGGAAACUCUGAGGAACAGGCAGCUCUCGGGGAAGAAAAUGCCGAAGAUAAUGUACAUAAACGCCACUGGGUCGAAUCCCACUGGCGUUGUUAUCUCCCUGGAAAGGCGGAAGGAGAUCUACAGGAUAGCCUGCGAGUACAACUUCCUGAUCAUCGACGACGAUCCUUACCAGUUCUUGCACUUCGAAGACACGGAACCAAAGUCAUUCCUGUCGCUGGACACAGAAGGUCGUGUGAUCAGGUUGGAUUCCUUCUCGAAAGUUUUGAGCAGCGGUCUCAGAUUAGGAUUCAUCACGGCUGCAGCGCCACUGAUAGCGAGCAUAGAGCUCCAUUUGCAGAGCAGCCACCUUCACGCCCCAACGUUAUCCCAGGUGAUACUGUACAAGCUGAUGAAAAUUUGGGGAUACGACAAACUGAUGGACCACUUUAUGAUGAUUAGGUGUUUCUACAAACAGCGCAGGGACAUUAUCUCAGCCUUGGCUGAGAAACAUUUGCAUGGCCUGGCAGAAUUCUCGGUGCCAAGCGGGGGCUUCUUCCUGUGGAUCAAAGUGCACGGGAUCGAGGACACUUGGAAGAUGAUCAUGCAAGGGGGAGUCAAGAUAGGCGUCAUUAUGGCGCCUGGCGCAGCGUUCAUGACGGAUCCCAGCAAACCUUGCAACGCUAUUAGGGCGAGCUUUUCCAAGGCGACUUACGAAGAAAUGGAUCUGGCGCUGAAGAGGUUGGCACAGCUGAUCAGAUCGGAGCUGGAUCUGCUGAAUAAGUACUCAAUAAUGAAUGGCAAUACGUUGUCUUAGCAGUAGUAUUACAAUCUACUAAGUAGCAUAUUUAGUAUUUUUGACAUUACCAUCGACUAGUACGGAACUACGGUGUUUGAUAGAAACACCAUGCGUUGGUAAGGACGGAAUCUUUUUAUGGAACGACGGAAACUUAUCAACUAACAUAGAAAACUAGUUUUACCACUGAUGGUAAAACUCCAAAAAAUAUUUGUUGACCAGUCCUUUAGAGGACGUCGUGGACCAAAGUUUCGGUUUUGAUUUAAUAUUUAUAAUUGCGUAUUUAAAAUUUUUUUAUCAUUUAAUACGACGAAACCAAAUUGGCGAUAUUUCACGAUAAUCCUGAUGGAUUCAUCCCUUCAUCACAUCAAGUGUUCAUUAGUGUCAUAUUCAUCUUAGCCUUUAAGUAAGCGCGUGGUGAUCAGCCAAACUGAUCACUUUUGUCUGUUUCAUUUUUUACAUUUUUAUUUUUGACCUGUAGAUAAUGUAUUUAAUUUUUCUCAAGCGAUUAUUAUCAUACAGUAAGAUAUUACAUUUUCCAGUGAUGGUUUACUCGAGGGUUGUUAGCGAUGCAAACUUCGUACGUACUUAAUUAUUAUAGAAGUUUAUUGUUAUUCGUCGUUGGCACGUGUAUUUAUCACGACUUGUUGUAAAAAUUAUCAUUUUGUAAUAAAAUCGCGUCGAUUGUA